GGUUCCGUUGCAGUUAACAUUUUUGAAUUCAGAGAUAUCGCAUGUAGACCAAUCCCCUAAACAAGGACUGAUUAAUUGAACUUCUUUGCAAAAUAAAAAAUGAGUCAGCCUUUAAUAACAUUUGUUAAAGGGCUUUUUUUAGUCUUCAAUUUUGUAUUUUGGAUUUCUGGGUUAGCAUUGCUGGUCAUUGGAAUUAUGGCUAAGUUUGCAUUCAAAUAUUUUAUGAAGCUUUCAACCGAUAUUGACUAUAAUCUCGCACCCUAUGUAAUGAUUGGCUGUGGUAUCUUUAUUGUACUUAUUGGCUUUUGUGGGUGUUGGGCAGCUAUUAAGCAGCAUAGUUGGGUUCUUAAAAUGUAUAUGUUUAUAAUGGUGCUAUUGGUUUUGUCUGAAAUUGGCGGGGCUAUUGCCGGAUACAUUCUCAAAGGAAAGCUUGCUUCAGGUUUAAAAGAAGGAAUGAUGAAUGCUGUAAAGAAUUAUUACUCAAAUAAAGAUUUACAUGAUGCUAUGGAUGAGGUACAAGCUAAGUAUGUUAAAUGUUGUGGGGUAAAUAGUUAUCAAGACUACUUCAAUGUCUCUUCAUUAACUACGACACCAGCUGUUACUACAGCAUCAACAGUUACUACAACAACUUUUGUAACUAAUGCUUCAACAACAACUGAAGCAACUACAACUGUCAUCACUACUACAACACUUUAUAUCAAUACUACUGUUGCUUUACCUAAUACAACUACAAUAGUUGAAACUAAUAGCACAGCGGCUCGAAAGCGUCGUGAAGCUGAUACAGUAUCAGAAGAGUCAGUCCCUCAGUCAUGUUGUAAGAACUCAGAUGGAUCUGGUUGUCGCUUUAAAGAUUUAAAAGGUUUAAAACCUGAAGAAAUGGGAAUUUAUACUCAGGGUUGUUAUGACGGACUGUUUAAUAUUGCUAAAAAAAAUUUUGGCGUUGUUGGCGGUGUGGCAAUAGGCAUAGCUGUUUUUCAGUUGCUAGGCAUUGUAUGUGCUUACUUUUUGACUCAACUUUUUAUGAAAACAAACAAGUAUGAACAAAUGUGAUUCAUUUGUUAUAUAACACCACUCGGUUUUCGAUGGAUAAAUCGCCGUUUAGCUUUCAUUGGCCAAUAUUAGUCUUGUUGAUUUUAUAAUCAGUCUUUAUAACAUCUGCCGUCCAACAGAAAUACCAAGUAAAAGCCAAUCAAUUGGUUCUUAUCAAAAUCCAUUGAACUUAAUAACUAAGAAAAAAAUUAUAAAAAUAGAAACAAUUAUAAAAAUUAAUAGCGAAACCUAAUCUUAUUUAUAAGUUAUAAAUUUUGCUUUGAUUGGUUGAUCUUCUUUUAUGCAACAUCAAAUCAUAUCUUUUUGCAUAUCAAAAAUUGGCACUUAUGAGCAUUUAUGUUGGAUAGCAGACAUGUUUAUCUGUUUCGCUUAUGUUUUAUGUGGAUAGAAAUUGUAUUAUUUAUAAACAAUAGUUUUUUCCUAUUUUUUUUUAUUACAUUUGUUAAUGGUUUUUUUGUUUAAAAUAUGUAUAAUAUAUGUAUAAUAAUUCGAGAUCUUUCUGUUAUAUUAUUUAAGAUUUAAAAAGAUGUGUAAUAAAAUUUUUAACACGUGUUAUACUUUCUUGGAUAAUACCUUAAAGCGCAA